CGGUUGCUGGUUGUCAUGGCAACCCCAGAGACACUGUCUCCCGCGUCCCCACCGCCAUCACCACCACCCGGUGACGGCCCUCCUUCGCCGCCACGUUGCCAUAGGGACGGCGGGCGCCUGGCCCCGCCCCCUCGGCCUGACAGCAGCGGCCGCAGCGCGCCUGCGCAGUGCGCUCCUCCCCCGCAGUCUCGGUGCGUUGGAGCCGGAGCCGCGGCGGCCUCUGCCAGGACCCUCCGCCCAGCCUCCGGCAGCCCCGCGCCGCCGCAGCCCCGGUCGCCCCCGCCCGCCGCCCGCCGGAGCCGCCGCGCGCACUGCGCAGCUUACUGCCAGUUCAUGGACAUGCUCUUCCCCGGCUGCGUGCACUUGAGGAAGGUGAAGUUCCAGGCGAAGCUGGAGCACGAGUACAUCCACAACUUCAAGGUGCUGCAAGCAGCCUUCAAGAAGAUGGGUGUUGACAAAAUUAUUCCCGUAGAGAAGUUAGUGAAAGGAAAAUUUCAAGAUAAUUUUGAGUUUAUUCAGUGGUUUAAGAAAUUCUUUGACGCAAACUAUGACGGAAAGGAUUACAACCCUCUGUUGGCGAGGCAGGGCCAGGACGCAGCGCCACCUCCUAACCCAGGUGAUCAGAUCUUCAACAAAUCCAAGAAACUCAUUGGCACAGCAGUCCCACAGAGGACAUCCCCCACGGGCCCGAAAAACAUGCAGGCCCCAGGCCGGCUGAGCAAUGUGGCGCCGCCCUUAGCCCUCCGGAAGAACCCCCCCUCUGCCCGGAAUGGGGGCCAUGAGGCAGAUGCCCAGAUCCUGGAGCUCAACCAGCAGCUGUUGGACUUGAAGCUGACGGUGGAUGGGCUGGAGAAGGAGCGAGACUUCUACUUCAGCAAACUGCGCGACAUCGAGCUCAUCUGCCAGGAGCACGAGAGUGAAAACAGCCCAGUGAUUGCGGGCAUCAUCGGCAUCCUCUACGCCACGGAGGAAGGAUUUGCACCCCCUGAGGAUGACGAGAUUGAGGAGCGCCAGCAAGAAGACCAGGACGAGUACUGAGGGCACCGGGCUGCCUGCCCUCCCCACCCCCAUUACAGUCCUUUCCUCACAGCCGUCGGGUCGGCGGGUGCUUUGUGUGGGUGCCGCAGCACUGGGGGCCACAGAGGAGGCGAGCAGGUGGAGGCCCGGUGGAGCGGGACCCCUGCCCACUCCCCCCCACCCCUAUUUAUUUCCGUUGUCUCUGCUGUGCGGGCCAUCGCCCCCACCCCACCCUGGGGUGCUGCCACCACCCCCAGCCUGCUCCCGACAGCCAGCAGCUGUAUAUUUGACAAAGUCAUUGGUAUAUUUUUACUUACUGGGUUCUCCUUGCACUUUACCUGUCCUUCCCUGGGGCUGACGGUGGGCUGCCAGGCUGGGGCUCAACAGGACUCAUACCCAAUCUUAUUUAUUUUGUCCGCGGACUUCCCAGCAGUGGAGGGGGACGCUGAAUUCAGGAGAGGGACGGGGGCAGAGCAGGAGGUGCCGGGGCCCCGGUGGUCAGGGACUGGGAAGGGAGCAUUCGAGGGAGGGAUGGGAAGGACCACCGCUCCCGCAGCACCCCAGGCCCCCAGCACACCCUCCUGCGGCUGUGUUCAUGCCACACAGACUCUGCCUGAUCCUCCUGUAGAUCCACCCCAGCCCUGUCCCCGGGCCCCCAGCCUGCAUACGUGGUCACUUUUAUUUAAAUAAACGUGUGUGGUAAAAGUUUA